AUGAUUCUGAAUAGUGAUACAAAGGAGGAGAAUUCAUUACUAAUGCUAGAGUUGAUUGAUGAUAUCCAAAGAUCAGGCUUGACCCACCGAUUUGAGACCGAUAUACAAAAAGCUCUUGAGAAGAUUGUGUGUUUCGAUAAAUGUUACACAAUGAAAAAUAAUUCUCUCCACGAGGUCGGUCUUCACUUCAGGCUUCUUAGACAAAAUGAUUGUGUUGUUUCACAAGAUGUGUUCAAGAAAUUUGUGAGUGACAAAGGUGAAAUCAUCAUAAAAGGAUGCUGCAACGGGCAUGAGGAUUUGAAAGAUAUUUUAAGUUUGUAUGAAGCAUCACAUCUUGCCUAUGAAGGUGAAGACAUAUUGGAUAAGGCUAAGACACAUACAACUAAAUACCUCAAAAACAUCUUGUUGGAAAUGGACUCUAGUGAUAAUUAUGAAUUCAUGAAAGAACUUAUUCGACACUCUCUAGAGAUUCCACUACAUAGGAGAAUGGUUAUGUUAGAAGCAAGAUGGUAUAUUGAAUCAUGCAAGAAGAAGGAAGGAACGAACAUGACCUUGCUUGAACUAGCCAAGUUAGAGUUCAACAUGGCGCAGUCAGUACUCCAACAAGAUCUGAAGAGCGUAUCAUGGUGGUGGAACAAUCUGGGGUUAGCAAAAGAGCUGAGUUUCAGUAGAGACAGAUUGGUGGAAUGCUUUUUCGUGGCAGUUUCACUAAUGUACGAGCCCCAAUUCAGCUCAUAUCGUCAGGGUUUAACAAAAGUUGCCUCAUUCAUUACUACAAUUGAUGAUAUUUAUGACAUUUAUGGCACAAUGAGUGAGCUAGAGCUAUUUACCGAUGCAGUAGAGAGGUGGGACAUUGAUGUUGUUCAGAGCUUACCGAACUACAUGAAAAUAUGCUUCUUAGCGUUGUAUAAUACCAUUAAUGAAAUGGCUUAUGGAUUUCUCCGAAAACAUGAGCAUAACAUUAUCCCCAACCUGGCCAAAUUGUGGGCUGAUAUGUUGAAGGCAUUCUUGAAAGAAGCAAAGUGGAGCCAUAAGGAGAUUGACCCACCAACAUUCUCUGAAUAUUUGGAAAAUGCAUGGAGAUCUGUAUCAGGAACGGUCAUUCUUGUACAUACUUACUAUCUUCUAGAUGGUGAUUCCACGAAAAAGACAUUGUUGCAGUUAAUGACCUAUGAUAAAAUUCUUCGAUGGCCAUCUAUCAUUUUUCGCCUUUGCAACGAUCUGGCAACCUCCUCGGAGGAAAUAGCGAGAGGUGGAACGGUGAACUCCAUCUCCUGCUACAUGAAUGACAAUGGAGUUAACGAGGAGCAAGCUAGGCAACACAUAAAGGUUUUGAUCGAUGGAGCGUGGAAGAAGAUGAACCAAGAGCUGUUUUUUAUCACAAAGGAUACAAUCGGUUCAAAUGCGUUCAUGAAAUCUUUUCUACAAUCAACGAUCAAUUUAGCAAGGAUGGCUCAUUGCAUUUAUCAUAGAGGAGAUAGCCACAGCUCUCCAGAUCCAAAGUCAAAGAAGGAAGUCCUGACCCUCAUAGUUGAGCCCAUCACAGAUUAA